AUGGCUUCCACAAACUUUGAUCAAUGCCCUUUUGUAGGAAUCCUAUGCAUUGCUUACUUCCUAGCUCAGGUACUGAAAUCCCUUUUUGGCCAUGCAUUUGCAGAUGUAAAACCUGCAGAAGUUCCUACUGGGACAACUUUGCUCAAUGUAGGGCUGUGCUCAAAGUUUGCUGACUGCAACGAGUAUUGCCAAGAGAAUUGUAAUCAUAUUUUAGGCGGGUUUUGCAAAGAGAUUUCUACUGGGGGAGAAAAGUUUUGUUUGUGUGAAGUUUGA